AUGAGCGCAUUUAUUCCUAAAAUUCAAACUGAAGAAGAAUAUGAUGAAUCUGAAUCUGAAGAAGAGCCAACUGUGAUAAAACGAUCAUUUUCUGCGGAUUGGACUAGAAAUGAAGAAGAAUCCGAAAAUGGUUCAGAAGAAGAAGAUAGUGAUGCUGAAUUCCUAGUUCAUCCAUGUCUUCGAUCUUUGAUAAAAUCGAAAUCCGCCUAUGCUGUUCCAAAAAAUCACGGAGAUCAUUUAAAUUCUCUAGAGCCGCCGAAAAUUCGACCGAGCAAAACGAGUUUCGAAAUUUCGCUGAAUAAAAUGAUCGAAUCGACGACUAAAUCAAUUGCCGAAGAAACAGAAUGUUCAGUGGCCGAUUUGUUGCCGAGUUUUGAUCAAAAAUGGCCGGAUCCGGAGGAAACUGUAAGAGUUCCGAAGAAAAAGAUUUUGCGGUGAGUUAAGGGUUUUUUGGGAAUCAAAAAUUAUUGUUAGCUUCAAAUUUAGGUGGGCUGGAAAAACAGAAGAAAAAAGUUUCAAGAGGAAUACUUGAUAUUUUUUUUCAAUAAUCCCCUACAUUUUUAAAAAAGAAAUCAGAUUCUCUAACUUUUUUUCCUGAAAGUAGUACAUUUUCUCAUUUUGUUAGCUGAAAAUUCGAUGAAAAAAUAUUUCGAAAUUUGAAAAGUUAGAAAAAACCCAUUAUUUUUUGGUUCAAACUUUUUUCUCACAAAAUAAAUAUUUGAAAAUUAUUCAAUGAAAUUGUAUGUUUUUUUAUAAAGUUCAAUUUUGAAAUUUGAAAAUUUGAGGGGUCUAUCUGCUUCUAUUUUUCGGGUAAAUUUUCUCAUCGAUAUCUUGUUUCAGCCAGUUUUUGAUGAGCUUAAGAAAACAUCAUUUUUACCAGGAAUUUUUCAAAAAAUCUGCAAGUUUCUCAAAAAAUCCUGAUUUAAAAUUCAAAGAACAAUAACCUUUCAAAACAUUUUUUGUUUCCAAAACUGACAUCAUAAAUAAAUAAGUUUUCCUCACAUUUUUUGAGAAAUUUCCUGAAAACUACAAAAAACCAAAAACUGACAUCAUCUGUGACUACAAUUUUCCGAUAGCACAAAACAACAAAGUUCCCCAUUUUCGCAAGUUAUUCAAACUCAUAAAUCGUUAAUGAUUAGUCUCAUGACACCAGCCAUUAAACACGAUUAUGCUAAUUUUUGCUCAUCUUCCACUUUUUUCCAGAGAAGAAAAUUGUAUAUUCAUUUGAUUGUGUGGUUAAUCAAGUUCUAUUUUCCAUAUAUUUAGUAUUUUGUUUGCAGAUAUUCUCCAAGUCUUUCAUCAAAUAAUUCCGAAUUGGAAAUAUCAAGUAUGGGAUCUGAAGUUCGAGAUUUGGAUGUGAAUGGAAGAAAAUAUCGAGUUGAUGGAUGUUGGUCAGCUCCGCCUUAUUUUUUAUUGGAUUCCGAUGAUUUGUUUAGAGGAUACUGUACACCGAAUCGUGAGUUAUUUAAAAAAGAUAUGGGUUUAGGGGUUUUAAUUAGGCCACACAAUUUAAUUAUAAUUCUUUUGGGGGAAAAUUGUUUACUGUAGAAUUGCGAGUGUAAUCUGAGAAGGCAGAAACAAAUCAUUUCAAAAAUUAAUUGACUCCAAACAUCUAUAAUUUUCUAUUAUGAGCUUAUAGUGGAAAUUCACAGUGUGUGUAAUUUACAACCCCAGAUCGCUAGACCUCAAAAAUUUCAAUACAUUUUGGGGUAGAUCAAAAAUAUUUUUUCUCUCUAUUUUUUUCUUUCUCUUCUCUCACUUUUGCGUUGAUUUCGUCGAUUUUCUAUCUCAAAUAAACGCGCAGAUUUUUUUGGUUAAUAAAUUACACUCUUUUUAAUUCUAAUCCAGUAUUUAAUAAAAGGAAAUUCGAAUUUUUACUUGUUAGCUUUUCAAAAACCUUCCCCAAUGACAUUUUUUCUCUAGAAAAAUGUUGGUCUGCUCCCGAACUAACAGAAGAAGAUAUCCGAUGUCAUCAUCCAUGUCUUCCAAUUCCUCGAAUUCGCGAACUUGCGAGCGGAUAUCCAGCAAUCGAAACACCAGACAAUGAUCCAUCAGUUUGUUCAUAUCGUCUACCAUCAUCAAUCGGUUCAGCAGAUUCUCCCAGUCCACCUCGACCACUUUCGCCUGUUUUUGGAAAACCAGCGCCAUUUCGAAUUCAUCAAUCAAUAUCUAUGCAAAUUCCACCACGACCUGACAUUGCUGCAUUUCUCGCUGACGCUGAUAAUGAAGUUCAGCCAUAUUUGAUUGAUGAAAGUUCGAGCGAUGAAUCUGAAGGUGUUUGUAUCACUGAAGAAGUUUGGCCUGAAACUGCUGAUCGUGUUGUUCGAGCUGGUUGGGUUGAACCACCAGUUCGAAGAUCAGCAACUUUUCAAAUUGGAUAUUCAGAUCGGAUUCGGGAGGGAAUCAAUCCAUCACCAUCUGCUCAUACAGGAUUGGAUUUAUAUAGUUUGGGAGGGGAAAGUGAGACUGAAGAAGAUCGAGAAGGAAAUCAAGAAGAUCAGGGAGAAGAUCAAGGAGGAUUGAGGAUAUCGGUUGAGAGAAUGACCGGAUCAGAACAUUCGCAAUUAGAUGAAACAGAAAGGUAUGUUGAGAGAAGGGGGAUUUUUAAUGGAAAAACAUGUAACUGUUUCAAAAUUUCGAUUUGAAAAUAUAACAAAAAUUCAGGGUUUGAGAUAAACCUUUUCUCAACUUUCAAAUUUUUUCAAGAUUUUGAGAGAAAAAAACAAUUUUGCUUUGUACAAUUUUAAAAAUUCACUGUUUCAAACGUUUUUUUUUUCAAAAAAAGUUGUUGUUAGGACUCCAAAAAUUUUAAAACUAAAUUUUUACGAUUUUUUUAGAUUCCAUACAAAAACUUUAUUCUAUUUUUUUUUUGAGAAUUUUUAUUCAAAAAUUUUUGAAAUUCAAUUUGAAAAAAAAAAUUCACGCGUUUAAUUUAAAAAUACGUGGGCAACGUCAAGUUUUUCACAUUUCUUGAUUUCUAAAUUUUGCCAUUUGGUCGAAAAUGAAUAUAAUAAAUGUGAGUGAUUUUUGGAUAUCUGAAAUAUCUCUAAUCCCCUCAGAUUCAGAUUUAGCACUAAAUAAUCCUCAAAAAUAUCUAUAAAAUGUAUUUUCUAACUUUUUUUCUUUUUCAGAGCUCGCUAGAAAAAUACUAAUAAAAAUAUACAAUUCCAACCAACCCAAACCCCAUUUUAUUACUUUUUUCUGCCGUUGCUUUUUUUCGAGCUCUGUCUGUGUCGAGCCAUUUUUUUAAUCAAGCGAAAUUUAUUGAUGUGUGAAAAAAACACAGAAAGUUCUUCUUUUUUUUCGAAAAGCUGAAAAAAAAGUAUUUUCGCGCUUUUUCGAAUCUGCUUUGGGAAAUUCUCCUUUGGGAGAAUUUUGGCCUCAGGGCUAAAAAUUCAAUUUUCGGGAGAGAAAAAAGAAGAAAAGUAUUGGGUUACUCAUCCUUUUUAUGCAUGUCACUUCUUUUUUCUUUGUAUAUACUUGUUUAUUUUUUUCGGGUGCUAGAAAUUUAAGUUUUUGUAGGUUAGCACUUUUUGUUUUUCAUAAAUUUGGAAUUUGCAAAAAUUUUUGAAUGAAAAUAUAGAAUUUUUGAUUUCACACUUUUGAAAAUUUGAUUGGGUGACAAUUAGGAGCACAAUAUUACCGGAGGGAAAGUUUUUUAAUUGUUAAUUCAGAUAUUUAUAAGUGACUUCAACUAUAAAUUGUUUGAUUUAUCUUGAAAAAUUAAAUUAUGACGUGGCAAGUUUUCUGAGAAUUUUCAGAGAUAAUAUUUUUGUCAGAUAUUUUUUGGUCUUUCAGAAAUUUAAAGAUCUUUUUUGAAUUCAUGAAAACUUGGUUAUGACGUGGCACAAAAUUUUCAUGAGUACUUUGGGAUACUUUUUAGUUUUGGAAUUUUUCGCAUAGAGGGAAAUUUUAAUUCUCCUGCUAUUUCUUGGAAUUUCAGACUUUUAAAAAAAUUCUCCACUAAUUGUUUCCUGAAUUUUUUUAAAGAAGGCAUUUUUGGACUGAUGAAAUUCCACCACUACUAAAUUUUCAACCAAAAACCAACCUUCAUCCAAAAUUCCACCAGGCGAUAAAAAUCAGGAAACACUUCAAUGUGUUUUUUCACAUCCUCAUCUCAUCUCAUAAAAAAUUGCGUCACUAAUUGAAUUUCAAAAUGAGAACACAUUCAUCUUCCCAUCUUUUUCUCUUCUCAAUGAAUUUUCAAUUUUUCAUUUCAGUUUUCAUCCACCCACAUUUUUUCCAGAAAAGCUCUUGAAACUCGACAAGCUUGGAUGGAACGUGGAAGUUUGGCUUGUUUAGAUAAUCCAGUUCAAAAUCGGAUUCAUCCCGAUCUUUUGACUUCUCAUUCAAAUGGAAUUCAAAGUCAAUAUGGAAGUUAUUCAUCUUUAGCUCAAGCCGAAGCAUCGACUUCAAUGAUGUUGAUGAAAAGAUCGUGUACAACUGAUGAAUUUAGAAAAACUAGAAGAAAAUUACCGCGAAGACCUGAUGAAUUGGCAUAUUCGGUUGAGAUUCCACAAUCAAAAUCAAUGUAUGAUCGAUAUUAUAUUGAAGAAAAUGGUGGAAAUUCGGGAAAUAUUGAUAUUGAAAUGGGAGGAAGAAAAAGUCAACAAUAUCAGAGACCACCUAAUUUGGCAUUACAAAGUACAAUUGAUACAAUUAUUGAGAGCAACAGGUCAGUUUUUCUUACUGUUUCGAAGAUUUCUUGAGUAUCAUCAGGGUAUUCUCGAUUUGGUAUACUUGAACUUGUGAAUUUGGAAAAAUGGGAGUAUUUUACAUCUUUAAAAAACAGGGAUUUUUUUGGAAUCACUUGGAUUUUUUAUCAUAAAAAUAAAGAAACAUUCUCAAAAUUAUUACUGUUUCAAAACAUUCGUAUUAUUUUUUGGGAUACAUUUUUUAUGCUGGAGUCUUUCUUGAUACAUCAAUCAGACUUUUUUUAAAAUAGGAAAGUUCCGUUUUUUUAAUUAACCUAUUCAAAAUUCCAAAAAAUUAAAUUAGUUUAUGGAAAAACUGGGAUUUCUUAAUGAAAAGUUCCAGAUGUUUUUUUUUAAUUUUUAAAACUCUGUAUCUGAAUAUUAUCGAGAAAUUUUCACAUGACACUUUAAAAUUCACUGUUUUAAAUUUCAUGCGAAAAACUUUUUUUUCUCAAUUGUGAACUCUGAAUGUUUUCUCCGGAAAUUUGAAUCUCAAAAAGGUCAACCUAUUUCCAUUUUUGUGUGUGUGCCAUAAGUACUACCCCGGAAAAAAAAACAGAUUAGACUCUUCUCGUUUUCCUCUUCAAUCUUCUUCUUCUUCUUCUUCCUUUCAAUUUUUCGACCUGCGCACAGAAAAAUAGAGAGGGUGGAGACAAAAAGAGCAGGAAAAAAAAAAGAAAAUGAGUUUGGCCGAAGGCAUUUUCUGCUCAUUCGCUUCUGAAUUUGCUGUACGAUUUGGUAGUUUUAUUAUUAAUAUUAAUAUUUUAGCUCUUCUAGAAAAAUCCCGAAAAAAAAUCAUCCAGAAAUCCCCCAAGAGACUUCCUAUAACUUGUUCUCUUUCUCAUUUUUUCUCGGAAAAAUUUGUUUUAUUCGAUUUUGAGUUACCAUGACUUCUUUUUGUUGUUUUUUACUAAUUUUCUCUGACCAAAAAUUUUUUCUCUAAUUUUUUUCAGCGAAAAAAAACGUAAAGUGGACGAAAGAUAUGUGAAUAAAUAAGUGAAAUAAUAGAUUUCUCUUGCAUGCUAUGAAUAUUUCCCGACAAAAUAAUUAUUUAUAUUUUCUGGAAAAAUAAAUUUAAAGAAUUUUGUGAUUUCUAGUCGGGCUCUUUUUUGGUUGUCUGGAGCUUCUAUGAAUGUUUGAUCUCUAAUAUUGAUUACUGUCAGAGUUUUCUGGGUCUCUUGAGUUAUGUGAUCUCUAGAAGAUCUGUCUAGGUUGUAUGUGUCUCUAAAGAUGACGUGAUCUUGUUCUGGUUGUCUAGAUCUAUGAUAGUUCACUCUCAGAAUCUCUAGCAUUUCAGUCGUUCUCUCGCUGUCUUUAGUUCUAGACUGUAUGAUUCUCUAACCGCCUAGCUUCUCUUCAUCUCUCCAUCAUCUCUAUAUUCUCUGCGCCUCCCUUCUUCUCUCUUUCCCUCGUUUUUUUCUGUAAAUCCAUAAAUAAAUUGUUGUCCCAUUCAAAUGUAAAUGCAAAAAGUUCCGGAGCCAAAAUAAAUGUGUCCCAAAGUGUCCUAUACAUUUUUCGUCAUUUCCAAUGAAUUGUCAAUUUUCAGAAGCACAAUGGAUUCGUCUCCUUCUUUAACUUCACAUCAUCAAAAAAUACGUCAACAACAACAACAAUUUGCUCAUUUAGAAACGCCAAUCUCACCGCAUGGUAAGUAGGGAAAAUGGAAAGAGGGAAAUCUAAUUAAUGAAAAUGACUGGAAAUUGGUUUUUGGAAUGAACAUUUGGAACACAUAUACACUCAUUUGUUAUGUAUAGGAUAGCAAUAGGAAAAGAGCAUUUUUAGAACAAGAAAAAAAGAAUGAUCGUGUACUUUUUGUGCAGACUGGAAUUGUUUAUGUAUAUAUGUAUUCAAGGGAUCUGAAAAACAGAGAGAGAGAGACAAGUUGUUUUGACAUGAGAGUCAAAUAUUUAUGAUAUUGUUGUAGUGGAGAGUUUUUCUGGUUUUGAAGAGUGAUCUCUAAGAAGUUUUUGGGGUAGUGUAAGAUCAGUUCAAUUUUUAGAAAGGCUUAAAAUUUUUUAUGUUGAAAAAAGUUUAGUUUUGAAAAUUUGUCAAGAACUACAUUCCUGAGUUUCGGUGGAAAAUAACAAGUUUUGAAAAACUUUCACAACUACAGUAGCAUAGCUAAAUUUUGUGACCUGCAUUCAUUUCUAAUUUUGUCAGAAGUUUUCUACUCUUGUUUAUUGUUUGGUUCGCUUGAAAUUUGGAAAUUUCAGGAAAAAUAUUUACCAAAAGCUACAGUAACCUUGAAAUUUAUUUAAAUUGAAUUAUGUCUAAAUUUACAGUACUUGAAAAAAAUCUAGAGUUCGAUGAAAAAUGUUUUUUUUUAGAAAGUUAUAGUGGGAAUCACAUUCUAGAGUUUAUGUUCUGAAUUUUUAUUUCUGAAAAAUUUGGGUCAAUGAAAAUUCUUAUAUUCAGAAAGAACCUUUUCCAUAAAAUCCGAAACGGAAAUUUGAUCCACAUAAAUAAAUAAGAAAACGAGAAAUAUGAAACUUGAAAUGCGUGGUUCCACAUUUUUCUUUAACGAAUCUUGAGAAUAUUUUGAACAGAGAAAUUAAUUAAAAGAUCUCAUCUUCAACCGAAAAAUUAGAUAUAUUUUUAAUUAGAAUAAGUGAGUAAAUGCGUUACUAAACUAAUUUAAUAUAUUUUUGACAAACACAAAUAAUUUUCUCUUCUCGUUUUUGCUGGAUCCCUUUUCUUUCUUCUUUUUUUCUACCAAAUGUGUCUUCUUUCUCCUCGUUUUCUCCAUUUUCGGAAAUAAUGUGAGCCUAGUCAAAAAAGAAGAGCUCCCGCAUUUUCUUAUCGAUUUUUUGUUCGCCAUUUCGCCACUUUUCUUUUUUCGGCCUCGUCAUUAUUUGAAAGAAAAAUAAGAUUUCGAAAAACAAGAAUUUUGUUUAUUUUUUGAGCAUUUUUGUGGGAAUUCUCAGCAUUUUUUAUUUUUAAAAAAAUGAUGAUUUGAGCCAAUUUCCGAAGCAGUUUUGAAUUUCUCAAAAUUUUAGUCAGUUUGAAUUUUUUGAAGAUUUUAUUGAGUUCAAAAUCUUGAUUUUCUUGGAGUUUUUAUUGCAGAUUAGCUGAAAUUGCUUCCCACGCCUUUUCAGGGGUUCAAAAAUCUGUCAAAUUUUCUCACGUUGCAGUUUUCAAAGCUUCUUACGCUUCUUCGUUAAGAUUUUUUUCAAUUUAUUCUGGAUAUUUUUUCUGCCAUAAAUACAUUUUUCGUCAAAUUUUUUAGAGUAGAUCAAAAAUUCACGACAAAAUUUAUGGCUUUGAGCGAAAUUUUUAGACAAAAAAUUAUUUCAAAAGCUCACUGAAAUUGCUUCAUUUUAAGCCUAAAAAUUAAUUUUAGAUUCUGAGCCCUAUAAUUUUUUUUUGACAAAUUCUGAAUUUUUGAGCUCAAAAAUCUGGCGGAAAUCAAGAAAAAUGAUAGAUUGUUUGGCAUUUUUUUUCGGUGAAAUGUUCAAAUAUGUUCUUCUUUCUUUGAAAUUUUCGGUUUUCCUAGAACCUUCCAAUUAAAUUCAAAUUUAAUUAAAAAUUAUUCUUGUUAAUUCCUUAUUAGUCAUCUCAUCUCUCUUUUUUUUGCUCUUGAUCUGAACUUUUCAAAGUGCAAGUAUAAGUCUAAAAUUGUGUCAUUUUCAGGACUUUUCUUUUUUCUCUUUCUGUUUUUUUCAUUUCCAGCCAUUGAAAAAGUGUUCAUUUUGCCCCUAUUUUCCCUCUUUUUAUUAGAUUCAGAAAAGGGAAAAAUAUCGAUUUUUUGUUGGUUGAGAGUAGAAAAAAAGAUGAUGGAAAUGAAGGCGAGCUCCAUUUUUCAUUAUCUCGGCGCCCAAAUCUCGACAUUUUCUUUUUGUUAUUUUUUUCUGUUUUGGGUUGAAUUGGAAACCUUUUUUGAGGCUGGCUGGAAAAUUUAUUGUAGAAAAAAAAGUUAGAAAGCGUUUUGAUUAUUUAUUUUUACUCAAUUAUCAAUUUUAGGUUCUUUAGUCCAAUAAUAUUAUAAUUUAUUUCAUGAAUUUUUUUUUUAAUUUUGAAACAGUGAAAAAUUUUUUUUUGGGAAAUUCUAAACCUGGCCUUAAAUUUAAAAAAAUCUCUCGUUUGUCUUUCAUCAACAUAAACUAAAAUUUAUUAAAUUUCUGAAUCAAUAUUUUGCAGCAGUUCUAACAUCGCCAAGUCCAUCUGGUCGUCGUCUUCCACCGCUUCCAAUUCAAUCACUUCAACUUCUACGAAGACUUCCGGCAAAUAUGUCAAUUCCACAAAAUUCUCAAUCAUCCAACAAAGAUCAUCAAUUAUGUUUUAUGGAUGGAAUGGCGGAUUCGAUGAUGGGUGGAAUUGGUGGAGGAGCAGGAAUGGAUGAUUCGUAUUAUGAAGAAGAUGGAUUAAAUGGAAAUAAUAAUCAGAGACGCAGAAAAAAUAUGGGAAGAAAGUGUGAGUUUUUGAGAGGGAACAUUUUUUCACUGUUUCAACAUUUUUCAAAAAAAAAAGAUUCGAUGUCAAUUGAUAAUCAAUUGAAUUGAUUCGUUAACAAUCUUUUGAAUAAAGCUUGAAAAUCAAUUUCGGCUGUGUUGCAUUUUUGAAUUUAAAAAAAAUGGAAAAUUCCCUGUUACAAUUUUUAGGGAAAUAAUUUAUGAUAUGUCGAAAUUCUUGAAAAUUCUAAAAAAAAUAUUUAUUAAAAAAAAAGUUCACUGUUUCAAAGGACAAUGAUAAUUUUGUGAUUUAAUUGUGCAGUACAAUGUUUCAAUCUUUUUGUAGUAAUCUAACUCUUUAUAAAAACUCACUGUUUCACAAAUACUUCAUCAUCAAAUUAAUAAUCUGAAAUUAUUCCACCGCAUACCACAUGUUCCCUAAUUUUUAGCAUUUUUCUCUCCCGAUGAUUCAUCUGGUGUUUCUUCAUGCACAACAUCUGAUAGUCAAAAUCCAACUCAUCGUGUUCAAUCGGCUUUUCAUCCACGUCAUAGUGAUGAACUUCUUUUGGAAAUUGGAGACGCUGUUCAUGUUGAUCGAACUGCCGAUGAUCAUUGGUCUUACGGAACGAAUUUACGGACUGGACAAUCUGGAAUAUUUCCAGCUUCGAUUGUUUGCGAAAUUGAUUUGGUUGAGGAGAUUUGUUUGGGAGCAUUGCCAAGUAAUACAACUAGUGAGUCUUGGGAAAUUCCUGAAGUUUAGAAGUUUAUCAAAAAGUUUUGGAAAUAAGAAACACCUAACCUACGCCUAACAAAGUUGUGAUUUUUAUUCUAAAAGUCAGAACUCUGAACUCUAAAUAGCAGGUUCAUGUUUUAUUUUUCAUUCGUAAUUUAUUCAUUUUUAAUUUAUUUUUCCAGAAAUCAUGAAUGAUGAUCGUGACACAUUUUAUCUGACGAUGCUUGCUUCAAUCGAAGUUGCACAUCAUAAAGGAAAUGAUAUUCUGACUCAAGCAAUGAACAAAGUUUUAUCAAUGUAUAAAAAUUCGGAGGAAAUUAUUGUCCCACAAACUGUUUUGAUGGAGAUUUCUUUUCGAGGAAUUCAUGUGAUUGAUAAAAGAAGAAAGAAUGUGAGUUAUUUUUUUCUCUACAAGUCUAUGAUUGAAAAAUUGAAAUGUUUUCUUUUAUUAAAAAUUUAUGAUUAUUUUGAAACAGUAAAUUUUUUGCACAAAAACAAUAUGUGGCCGAUCGAAAAAUGUUUAUUUGAAACAGUGUUUUUUCGGAAAAUCAUGGAAAUUUGUGUUAUGAACAGAAAAAAUUUUGCCAACAUCAAAUAAUUUUUUGCAAAACAAAAUUAUAUGAAUUUUUUGAAACAGUGAAAAAUACAUUUUUUUUCAGUUCUUUCAAUGUCCGAUGUUUGAUUUCUUCUACAGUUUGCAAAACAUUUCAUUUUGUGGAGCACAUCCCAAACAAUUGAAGUGAGUCGAUUUUUUUUUGUUGAAAAUCAGGGUAUUAGAUUCGGUGUUUUGUAGCUUCUGAAAAUGAUUUUUGGCUCCCACCUGAUAUUUUCAAGAACUCUUUAUCAAAUCCAAAACUACAGUAACUUUUUUCUGAAUUCUUAGAAGUUCUAAAAAAUCUACAGUACUUCGUCCUCUCUUCAAAACCCCAUCCAACCUUUUCCAGAUAUUUUGGUUUCAUCACAAAACAUCCGCUACUUCCGCGUUUCGCUUGUCACGUUUUCAUGUCAAAUUCAAGCACUCAACCAAUUGUCGAAGCAAUCGGACGCGCCUUUAAAAGAUCUUAUGACGAAUAUAUGGCUUUUGCUCAUCCAACAGAGGAUAUUUAUUUGGAAUAA